GUUAGUGUGGAUUUCGGCUGAUUCGCUUUACUCACACACAAACGUUUGGGAGGAAACCAAAACAAAGUGGAGGACGCUAACUUUUAAUCUACCAUCAUCGACCUUAUCGUCGUCCUCUCCAUUGUGUGGUUGAGGGUGAGAGGAGGGGCUGUUCUUACUCCUACUCCUCCAACUUUCCCCCUCUUUCCUCCUCUUCCUCCUCCUCCUCUUACAUCUUGCCUCGUCCCCACACAUCUGGGGAAGUCAGUGCCAAGAUCAAGAGUUCAGCGCCAACACUCCUGCAGCUUCAAGAUUCAAGGCAACACACAGGCCACUCAGAGGAUGUAGAGAGUGCCAUAGUGCAAGACAGUGUGUAACAAGGGCAGCUGCUUCCAGGCACACCAGCUGGAAACAGACCUGCUGGAACAAACACACAGAUAGACAGGAAACAGACACUCGUACACAGAAAAAGAUAGACAGCAAACAUAUAGACUUACACAGAUAGAGAUAGACAAGAAAGAUACAGACAAAGAUAGACAGGAAAGAUCUAUUACUGCAGGAUCAUACUUUGGAUUUGAGUUGAGUCAAGGGAGAUGUUUGAAUGAGUUGUAGUACAUUUCACACAUUUGGGAUUGAGUUAAGGUGAUACAGCCAAUAAAGGACAGGAACACAUGAGUAGAGUUCAGACCUUGUAUACUAGAACUAGCUAAACACACACACACACACACACACACACACACACACACCACCACCACCACCACCACCACCACCACCACCACCACCACCACCACCACCACCACCAGCAUGAAGAUGUCCAAGAGUUCCUCGGGGUCAGGUGGUGGAAACGACACCCGCACAGAGCUUGCUGAGCUGGUGAAGCGGAGGGCUGAAAUUGCAGACAACCUGGCAUCCUUGGAGCGGCAGAUCUACGCCUUCGAGGGGUCAUACCUUGAGGACACGCAGCUGUAUGGCAACAUCAUCCGAGGCUGGGACCGCUACCUGGUGACCAACAAGAACACCAAUGCCAAGAACGACAAGCGCAACAGGAAGUUCAAGGAGGCGGAGAGACUCUUCAGUAAGUCAUCCAUCACCUCCAUGGCAGCCGUUAGUGGCAUAGUGGAGCAGAUGGGUGAUCGGCUGGGCGACAACACAGACACCAAUGACGUCAAUUCUGGCAGCGAGGACAAUUCCAAGGAUUCGGUGAGCGCCGGGGUGAACGGCGACUCUUCCCGUGACACCCCCAUGCUGCACAAGCUGUCCAAGAGCUCCCACAAGAUCAAGAAGAGUAGCAAGAAGAACAGACAUCGCUGAAUAGGCACAGUGUUUAGUUAUGCAGUGGUUUUAAUUCUCUAACUUGACUUUUAUCUUCGUUUCUCAAGUAUGGCAAGUGAGAUGAUGCUAUGUUGGAUGUCUUCUUACUCUCACUUACUGUUUCCUUCUCACAACAACUACUGCUGAAUGAUAUUUGACUCAAUGGGUGGUUCUCCUCUUCAUGUCAUUUUGUCUUCUCAUAGUUUUUUUUUUUUUUUUUUUUUUCUCUCUCUCUCUCUCUCUCUCUCUCUCUCUCUCUCUCUCUCUCUCUCUCUCUCUCUCUCUCUCUCUCUCUCUCUCUCUCUCCCGUGAUAGGAAAAUCUGAACAAGGCUUAAUUCUUAGGCUGUACUGGAAUCCAACACUUCUCAUGCACUUUUGUAAAUAUUUAUCGAACACAUUUCUUCAUGUAUGUGUGUAGACGGAGGAUAUUUUUUAUUCCGUAGGUUUUAAGGAUUGCACUCGUGACUGUUCCGCAUGCCCCAUCAGUACAAGUACAAAUAAUCUAUCUGAAUAAAUAUACUCUAUGAA